UGACUGCAUUUAUUGAGAUAAAAUGGGAAUGAGAGUUUUGUUUUCGAUUUUGUGUUCAUUUACACUUUUUAGCGGUGUUUAUUUAUUGCUGAUUAACAAAAAUGGAGGAAUUGACAUACCUUUAAAAAGACAAAAAACGCCUAGAGAAGAAUUUUUAAAUGCACCAGAUUUAACAAAGUAUGGCAAGGAGUUCGUCGAUUUAACUAAAAAACACCACCACAAAGGAAAUCGAACCAAUGAUUCCAUUGCACUGUAUAGAUAUUUGGAUAAUGAGUUUUUUGGAGAAAUAAUUAUAGGACAUCCAGGUCAAAAAUUCAAGGUUAAUUUUGACACUGCUUGGAAUUUAGCAUGGGUUAUAUCAUCGAAAUGUAACUACUGGGAAACGCCAGGUUGUUGGCUGCACAACAAAUAUGACCAUACAAAAUCAUCUGAAUACAAACCAGAUGGCAGGCCUUAUUCAGUACAAGAUGGCUCGUUUAAAUUAAGUGGUUUCUAUGCUUAUGACAAUAUAAGUAUUGCUCAUUCUAACGUUACAAAGCAAUCGUUCGUGGAAAUGGUGCAAGUCCCACCAAGUUGGUUUCUCAACAAAGCAGAUGGUAUUUUGGGUUUGGGUGUGAAAAAUGACGAUUACGAUCCAUUUUUCUACACUCUCUUAAAACAAAAAAAAAUUAAAAAUCCUAUAUUUUCAAUCUAUAUUAAUAGCAAUAGAGAUUCGAAACGUGGUGGAAACAUCAUUCUAGGCUACAUUGAACAUCGUCAUAUACAUAAGAACAAAGAUAAAGUUCCUGACCCCAUUAAGUACCUGCCAGUUGAUGCUGGUCAGUACUGGCAAUUUACAGUUGAUAAGAUUUAUUUGGAACAAGUUAUCCCACCUUCCAAGGAGAAUGCUAUCUUUUGCAAUAAUACUUGCAAAGCUAUUGUUGAUACUAGCUCUAACGCUAUAGUAGGUCCUAAGAAAGAUAUAGAAAAAAUUAAUGAUAUCCUUAAAGCUAAAGCUUUUUUUAACUCCAACAGAUAUACAGUUGAUUGUAAUACAAUUAAAGUUCUACCAAGGAUAGCUAUUGUUUUGGGUGGUCAGAACUUUAAUUUGUCAGGGCCAGAUUAUAUUACAAAGAUGCCUGUUGGACCAGCCACAUAUUGCAUGUCUGCCUUUCAACCUAGUGAAACGGUAACUGAAGAAACCAUGUGGGUUAUUGGUGGUGCAUUUUUAAGUAAAUAUUAUAGUAUAUAUAAUAUUGCAGAAAGAACUAUCGGUUUUGUUAGAGCGGCCUCUGCUUGAUAUAACAAAUAAUUACAUUCAAUAUGUUUUUAAUUUUUGCUUAUUUCGAAUAUUUUUGUUGAUUUUAAAGCUUGUGCCAUAUUAAUUAGAUUCGAUGGUCUUUAAUAAAUGUUUUAUAAAAAAUUGUUUUUGACUUACCUUUCUUUUAUUUUAGGCUUCUUUUAUAUUGUCAAUUAAGGAUGAAUAAAGGGUUUAUUAAGAAAAAACAGUGGUUAAUAAAAAAUAUUUAUUCAAAAUAAAAAUAUGUAGUAAACAACAAUUUACUUUUAAUUACAUAGUAAUUUAAAUAAAAAAAUAUAUAAUAUCUUUGUUAAAAUAUUUUUCCAAUGUUAUUAAUAAAUAUUCCUAAUUAUUACAAUUGAGUCGUAUAGAUUCAA